AAUUCGGAUAUUUUUGAAGCAAAAUUUGAGCUUAGUGAUUUUAGGAAAUCUAUUUAAAGAAAGUAUUUCUUAAUUCUUGUCAAAGUCACAAGGUUUGUUAGCUCACUGUUUUCUUCUAUUUCGUAUCACACGCGCGUGAAAAUUUUCAUUGGUUUUGCUGUUCUGUUUGUAAGUCCGCCAAUUUGUGUUUUCACAAUGACGUUCGAUUUCUCCAUACUGGCCGCCGGACUUCAGGAAACUGGAAUAUCUAUGUUUCUCGGAUCGGCCGUAAUAGGGGCAGUAAUUGGCUGGGGUUUCAAAAAAUUCAAUUUGAUAUAUUUGGCCAUGCACCAGGUUGAUACUACAUCAAAACGAAAUGGAGGUGAAAUUGUUGCCAAAGUCUUGGAAGCUCACAACAUCAAACACAUGUUUACAUUGGCUGGAGGACAUAUUUCACCUAUUCUAGCUGCUGCAGAAAAAAUUGGAAUAAAAGUGGUUGAUACAAGACAUGAGGUUUCAGCAGUAUUUGCUGCUGAUGCUGUAGCUAGAAUGACAGGGACAGUUGGGGUUGUUGCAGUAACAGCUGGACCUGGAUUAACCAACACCGUGACUGCCAUAAAAAAUGCUCAGAUGGCUGAAUCACCCAUUCUGUUGCUAGGUGGAGCGGCAGCAACAAUAUUGAAAGGUCGCGGUGCACUUCAAGAUAUUGAUCAGAUGUCUUUAUUUAGCCCGCUCUGUAAAUAUUGUGUUAGUGUUACCUCAAUCCGAGAUAUUGCUCCUAUUCUGAGGACCGCAUUACAAAUUGCUCAGUCGGAUACACCUGGUCCCGUAUUCGUAGAAAUGCCAAUUGAUGUUCUUUACAGUUACGAACUUGUAAAACGGGAAGUUGGUGCGAAAAGUGAAGGCAAAGGCAUAAUGAACAAAAUUGUUAAUUGGUAUUUAAAUAACUAUGUGGACAAUAUAUUCGCUGGAGCUUGGGAACCAGUAGAAAUCAAUCCGUUAGCCGUCCAUAUCCCAAUGCCAACCAGUCAGCAAGUUUUGAAAUGCGUCGAGCUCUUGUCGAAAGCCAAACGACCCCUUAUUCUAAUGGGAAGCCAAUCUACCCUCCCGCCAGUCAAAAGCGAGGAACUAGUCAGAGCAAUUAACCGGUUAGGAAUUCCUUGCUAUUUAGGUGGAAUGUCCAGAGGACUUCUUGGAGCUAAAAGUGAUUUACAGGCGAGGCAACACAGACGAGAAGCUCUUAAGGAAGCUGAUUUGAUUAUCUUGGCCGGUUCUGUUUGCGAUUUCCGACUCUCUUAUGGCCGUGUUCUUCCCCGCAAGGCGCCAAUCAUUGCCGUCAAUCGCAACAAAGAUCAACUGCACAGAAACUCUGACAUGUUCUGGAAACCAGCCGUUGCAGUACAGGCAGAUGUGGGUACAUUUCUUGUCGAACUCUCUGAAGCAGCCGACGGCAUGAAAUGGGAUCCCGACUGGGCAGCUACGCUCCAGCAACGGGACAAGGAGAAAGAAAUUGCUACCGAAAAGAUGGCGACCGAAGAAACGGAAACACAUUUGAAUCCCUUGGCUGUACUACACUCAUUGGAAAAAAUUUUACCUGAAAACGCCAUUCUUGUGGCCGACGGAGGAGAUUUCGUUGGAUCGGCAGCUUACAUCUUGAGACCACGCCGUCCGUUGAGCUGGCUGGACCCUGGAGCAUUUGGAACACUUGGAGUUGGCGGUGGAUUUGCUCUUGGUGCCAAACUCGCCCGUCCAGACAGUGAGGUCUGGAUCGUAUGGGGUGACGGCUCGUGCGGAUACUCUGUUGCUGAAUUCGACACUUUCACUCGCUUUAAAUUGCCAGUCAUGGCACUAGUAGGCAAUGACGCUGCGUGGACACAAAUUCUAAGAGAGCAAGUCACUAUCCUUGGCACUGAUGUUGCUUGCAAAUUAACGCACACGGAUUACCAUGUAGUCGCCCAGGGAUACGGGGGCUUAGGUUACGUUCUGAAGAGAGAAAACUCCAGUGAGAUCGACAGCAUGCUGAACAAAGCGCGAGAAGAAAGCCAACAAACGGGAAAAAGUGUUUUGAUCAACGCCUUGAUUGGAAAAACAGGAUUCCGUGAUGGCAGCAUUUCCGUCUGAUUCCGCUCAACCAUGAAUGUAGAAUCAAAUUAUAUAUUCGUUAUAAAUAAAUGAGACACUUAUGGGGAACAAACCGAUCGUAACUUCCACAAAACAGUUUGUAUUUCAACAGCUAUAGCUGGUUGAAGGUCGACUCUGUCAGCAACAACCGAAAGAACGGAAGUUUUGAAACGGCUAACCACAAUUAUUCGUCACGUAAAAAAAAACUAGAAAUUAAUCAAUGCAUGUCUUCCGUUCCACCAGAUAAUCGUACAAGCGAACUCUUUCUACAUUAAAUCAAGUCAUUUUCUAUCACUUACUCUCCAAAGAAACAACUCCCAUAAUGGGCUUGUCGCGAUUUUCGGCGAAUGGAUGGUGUUUUCCGUUGAUUUUGACGUUCCAGUUAUUUGUUUAUACGUCCUGCAUGGAUGGCUCGACUACUAUUCAAACGACCACUCCAAUUAUGUCUGAUGUCAGUGAGUUUCCUGAAGCUCGCAGAUCUCCAAGAUUUUUGUGCGUUCAAGCCGGUUGUACCUGCGAAGGAGUCAACGAAGAGAAUGCCAUGGCGAACUGCAACUGUCACGGACAGCUUGACGAUGCAGAUCCG